AUGAGUUACGGUUCAGACCAAUACAUGUCCUCCUCCUAUCGGAAAUUUUUUGGGGAUUCCCCCCGUUUUACAGCUUCUCCGUCACGCCUAAGUAACGCGUCCUCGCGGAGUUCCUUCUCUUCCAGCGGCUUCAGGUCGCAGUCUCUCUCCCGUGGCGCGUCUUCGUUGGGCUACUACCGGCGUUCAGGACGGCCGUCCUCCUUCUCACCUGUUCCCAGCGACAGUGUCGAUUUUUCGCAGACAUCGGUGAUUAACAAUGAGUUCAAACUCAUUCGAACAAACGAGAAGGAACAACUUCAGGGUCUCAACGACCGUUUUGCCAUGUUCAUUGAGAAAGUGCGUAAUCUGGAGCAGCAAAAUAAAGUGUUGGAAACUGAAUUAGUGACCCUACGCCAGAGGCAGAACGAGCCGUCUCGGCUGGCCAACCUAUACCAGCAGGAGAUCCGGGACCUUCGCGCGCAGUUGGAAGAGGCGAACAGUGAAAAGUCUCAGAUUCUUAUCGAACGGGACAAUAUCGAUGAUGACUUACAGAAACUUCGCGGCAAAUAUGAAGACGAGCUGAGGGCGCGAGAGGAGGCCGAACAGACCCUCAGGUCCUAUAAGAAGGACGUGGACGACGCGACGAUGGUUAGACUUGAUUUAGAGAGAAAAGUUGAAUCUCUGUUAGAUGAAAUUAAUUUCCUAAGAAAGGUUCACGACGAGGAAGUUACGGAGCUAACGAACAUGAUCCAAGCUGCCCAAAUCUCUGUUGAGGUGGAGUUAGCCAAACCCGAUCUCACCUCGGCACUGAAGGAGAUCCGUGGCCAGUACGAAGCUCUUGCAUCCAAAAACCAACAGUCUGCUGAAGAAUGGUAUAAGACUAAGUUUGCUAGUCUUAAUGACCAGGCCACUAGAACCAACGAGGCCAUGAGAGCCAGUAGAGAAGAGAUCAACGAUUAUAGACGCCAACUGCAGUCGAAGACCAUUGAAAUCGAAACGCUCAGAGGCACGAACGAAUCGUUAGAACGCCAAAUCCGAGAGAUGGAAGACGCACACAACGUCGAGAUCGCUGGUUUUCAGGAAACAAUUACGCAUCUGGACAAUGAGCUGAGAAACACGAAGGGUGAAAUGGCGCGUCACCUUAGGGAGUAUCAAGACCUGCUGAAUGUGAAAAUGGCUCUGGACAUUGAAAUUGCUGCUUACAGAAAACUGCUAGAGGGAGAGGAGACCCACUUCAGCUCGGGAAUGACCUUUUCUGGCCCGAGCCACGCUCCAAGUCUCAACUACGGCCAACCGCUCCGCUCCUACACGGGCUCCUCCCGCAACCCGAAGAAAGAGAAGGACGAAGAGGUGCAGGCGAAGUCCAAGGUGGCAGCCCAACGGGAGACGUUUGAGGAAAUCAUCGAGGAGACUAUCCUCACCAAAAAGGUGGAGAAAAACGAUGCCUCGGAUGUCAACUAG